CGGUUUCUCAUACAUGGGAAUCACGAGCGAGAAACAGCAAGAAUUAUCAAGUGUACAUAUUCAUAAGAGACCUCGUCGCGUCGGAGAUGCAAAGGUCUUGGCUCUGUAAAUACAAGAUAGCAAGCAAUCAAAAGCCAGUGCGGUGAGCCCUGAUAUACGUCCCAAAGGGGCUUUUUCAUCCUAAAAUGCGAUAGUAAAGUGGCGAAGUCGCAAGGUCGAGGAACGGAUCACAUAUCAAUAGUAUCAUUGAAUCUUAAAAUGCCGUUGGCUUUCAUAACACCGUUAACGCCGUCUGGCAUGCGAUAUGCCCAAGCAGCCACACUGACGGGGUCGGUAGCUUGCAAAACGUCCUUGUUGUCAGAUUGGUCGGCAUCGUCCGAAGUAUCUGCCACCAACACGAGACCGAGUUCUUUUAUUGUCUCCACCAGAGCGGGCACAACGUUCUACAGGAGAUUUAAGUCAGUCACCAGUGGAACAAACGAACGAGCCACAUAUAACAAAACAAAUACAUACCAAGAGACUAGAGCGACAUAUCAGUCCCAUGAAGUUGUUGCUCUGUGCUAUUCUGGCAGAAUCCUUAAUAGACAUAGAAGCUCUUCCGCUGCUGUCAACGUCCGGAAGUGCUUUGAUAUCACGAGCUAAAUCCCGAACCUGCCCAAGGUCAUUGCACAGUAAGACGGGAUCUGAAA